GUCUUGUCCUUCAAAGAUUUAGGCGGUCAACACAAUUCAAACGGAGUUCAAAUGGCUGGUGCUGAUGAUCUAGUUUCUAAAGGUCGGCGACAUCUCGCCUGCUCUGAGAUUCAACAAGCGGUAGAGAAUUUUCAGAAAGCUUGUGAAUUACUUGCUGCGGAGUUUGGCGAUUUAGAUGAUCGGCUAGGUGUCCCAAAUUUGUUGUAUGGCUCUGCACUUUUGGAGCUAGCGCGUAUGGAGAGCACGGUUAUCGGGAAUGCACUUGAAGGAGCUGAGGAAAAAGAAGAGCUGUCAGAUCAAGUUAUUGACGCCAUGUGCGAAGAAGAAAAAACUGUGCCGCCCGAAGAGCCCACUUCCAGCGAGGAGAAACCAGGUACCGAACAAGAUGUCGAACCCACGGUUGGUGAUGAAAAAGAACAGGAUAAUGCCCAAGAUGGUAAAGAAACUACUGAUACGGACAAUGUACAGGAAGAGGAAAAUGGCGAGGAAGAAAAGACCGAGGAUGAGAAUGAAAAUGAGGAAUGUAAUGAAGCCGAUACUGACGAGCAAGAAGACGAUGUCACCAACUUGCAGCUCGCGUGGGAAGUGAUCGAAGUUGCCAGAAAAAUUUUUUCGAGAAAGGACGACGAUGAAAGCCGCUUGAAAGUAGCUGAGUGCUACGAAAAGCUAGGUGAAAUAAGUCGUGAAAAAGAGGACUACACUCAGGCUGUAUCUGAUUUGCAGGAAUGUCUCGUUAUAAGACAAUCCCUAUUGUCAGAUGAUCACCGCGAAGUUGCUGAAACUCAUUUUCAAAUCGGCACAACUCACGCGGUGGCCGGAAGUCUUGAAAGCGCCAUGUCUGCGUUUGAGGCAGCAAUAAGUUCACUGGAGAAACACGCAGCGAACUUAAGAAAGAAAAUAAACGAGGACGAAAAAUCGCACAAUGAGAAUGAACUUGAACUGCUUAAGAGUUCAUUGAAAGAAGUUGAAACACUCAUUCCAGAGUUAGAAACGCGGAAGUCGGAGGUUGAAGAAGACCUUCAAGCCUCAAAACUACAACCGCAAACGAGCACAUCGUUUCCCGCAACCGCCGAAACAAGUUGUGACAAAAAACCCGUGGAUGACAUAUCGCACCUAGUCCGUAAAAAGAGACAAGUCACCGAGAACAAGAUCGAUGUCAACGGAGCUAAUCCAGUUAACGGGGAUGGCACAUCGCCGAUAACGAAGAAGCCCAAAAUCGAUGGAAAACCGGAUCAGCAAGUCAAUGGUGACCACGCGGCAGAAGCCCAGGUAGGCACAAACGAUCUCGGAAGCAGUCUGAAUUCUACUCAGAUCAGUCCUCAGGGCCAGGAUUGCAUUUGUUUCUAA